AUGUCCCAUGCUUCGGGUGCCACUGGUAUGGCGGCGAGAACCGCCAGCAUCUGCCUCACUUGCACCUACGCUCGCUACGGCAUCAAUGUCCAGAUUGUGGCGCAAUACUUUCUCGAAGCGACGCUCUACGCCGUCAUAUUCGCUUUGGAAAUUGCCAUCUGGAUGCAUAAAGCAGUGAUGGCACACUUGUUGCUGGUCGAUGUUCUUAAUGCGAAAAGAAUUCUCCAUCCAUCGCUCAUGUUGCUGGACUAUAGACUUAUUCAAGUGGAGGACAGCAUACAGGAUCUCACACGCGGUCAAAUGUCCUCAACUUGCUUUCCCCGGAGACGAUGGGUUGUGCGUAAGGACUACGAGAGGAGGAUCGAGAUACAGCGCGAGGAACGCGGCGCCAGGAGUCGAAGGUCCUUGGUAGAGGAAUAA